UGAGUGAACGGCGUCAGUAGAGAGUGGAGUGGAGGUGACCGCAGUGAGGGAGCAGAGUGCCAGGGAGACGCACAGAGACAGAGCAGGAGACAGGGAAAAGUCCCGCACUUCUUCUCCUGAUCAGGGACCAUCACAGUGAAAGAAGAAGAAGCAAAGAAAAAAAAAACACAUCUUCUUUUUUUUUUUCUUGUAUGGAUUAUAAAUUGUUUUUUCCCAACUCCUCUCCAGAUUGGUCUCAUCACUCCGGCAGCGCAGCGCUUCGUUGGAAUGUGCGCUGUGUUCUCCUCCUGAAGAGCAGCACGGCGGAGCCACAAGAGGAGACAGCUCGAGCAGUCAUUAAAACUCCUCUCAGAGAUCAAAAUGCCUCUCUUUUAACUGGACACAUUUCUCCGGACGCCUCAAACAUUUUUGGAGACUUUUACGCAUUUUGGAGACUUUUGCCUCCCGACUAAAUGGGUGUUUUAAAUUGACAUUUUUUUUGUCCAGUAACAGAGGAUAAUAUAAUUUAUCAUCUUUGUUUUUGUUUUGCUUUUUUUAUGUUUCAGUUUUUUUUUACCCAAGUGCACUUUUUCCGGCGAUGAUUGUGCUUUUGAUCCUCCUGUGCAUCACGGAUGGAGUGCUCUGUCAGAUACGCUACUCUGUGCCGGAGGAGGCGGACCAUGGCACCUUGGUGGGGAAUAUCGCCGAGGACCUGGGACUGGACCUUACCAAACUGGCCUCCCGCCGCUUCCAGGUGGUGCCCAGUUCUCGGACACCGUACCUGGAGGUGAACCUGGAGAACGGCGUCCUGUUCGUGAACGAAAAAAUCGAUCGGGAGCAGAUUUGCAAGCAGAGCGCCAGCUGCCAGCUCAACAUGGAGGUGUUCUUGGAGAACCCGCUGGAGCUGUUUCGGGUCGAAAUCGAGGUGGUGGACAUUAACGACAAUCCCCCCAGCUUCCCGGAGACAGACAUCACGGUGGAGAUCUCGGAGAGCGCCACUCCGGGCACCCGUUUCCCUCUGGAGAGCGCAUUCGACCCGGACGUGGGCUCUAACGCUUUACGCACGUAUGAUAUCACCACGAACAACUACUUUUAUCUGGACGUGCAGACCCAAACGGACGGAAACAAGUUCGCGGAGCUGGUCCUGGAGAAGCCGCUUGAUCGGGAGCAGCAGGCGGCGCACAGGUACGUGCUGACCGCGGUGGACGGCGGGCAGCCUCCCCGGACAGGCACCGCGCUGCUGGUGGUCAAAGUGCUGGACUCCAACGACAACGUACCGGUGUUUGACCAGCCCGUGUACACGGUGAGCCUCUCGGAGAACGCACCGGUGGGGACGCUGGUCAUACAGCUGAACGCCACCGACAUGGACGAGGGAUUAAACGGGGAGAUAGUUUACUCCUUCAGCAACCACAUCUCCAGCCGCGUAAAGGACCUGUUCAGCAUAGACCCGCGCACCGGACGCGUCGAGGUGCGCGGAGAGGUGGACUUCGAGGAGAGCAGCCUGUAUCAGAUCUUCGUACAGGCCAAGGAUCUGGGGCCAAACGCCGUCCCCGCGCACUGCAAAGUGCUGGUUAAAGUCAACGACCUGAACGACAACGCGCCGGAGAUCACCUUCAGCACUGUCACCGAGUCGGUGAGCGAGAAGGCGGCUCCCGGGACCGUCAUCGCGCUGCUGAGCGUGACGGACAGGGACGCGGAGGAAAACGGACAGAUUCACGUGGAGAUCCUCGGUGACGUCCCGUUCAAACUAAAAUCCUCCUUCAGGAAUUAUUUCACCAUAGUGACCGACGGGCCGCUGAACCGGGAGCAGCUGGACUCCUACUCCGUGACUGUGGUUGCGCGCGACAAAGGGACGCCCUCGCUCGCCACCAGCAAGUCCAUCCGAGUCCAGGUGUCGGAUGAGAACGACAACGCGCCCACAUUUACGCAGCCCAUAUACGAUGUGUAUGUGACGGAGAACAACGUGCCGGGGGCGUACAUACACGCCGUGACGGCUCUGGACCCGGACAUCGGUCAGAACGCGCUCAUCUGCUACUCAAUAUUAGAGUGUGACAUACAGGGCAUGUCGGUCAAAACCUACGUGUCCAUCAACGAGGAGACGGGCUACCUGUACGCACUCAGGUCCUUUGAUUAUGAGCAGCUGAAAGAUUUCACGUUCAUGGUGCAGGCCAAAGACGCGGGCACCCCGGAGCUCUCCUCCAACGCCACGGUCAAAGUCAUCAUCGUGGAUCAGAAUGACAAUCCCCCCACGGUCCUGGCGCCCAUAGGGAAGAACGGCACAGCCAAGGAGCCCCUGCCCCGCUCAGCCGAGCCGGGCUACCUGGUGACGCGCAUCGUGGCCAUGGAUGCUGACGACGGCGAGAACGCACGGCUGUCCUACAGCAUCCAGAGGGGCAACGAGAACGGCAUGUUCAGGAUGGACUGGAGGACGGGCGAGCUGCGGACGGCGAGGCGGGUGUCGGUCAAGCGCGACCCCCACCAGCUGUACGACCUGCUGAUCGAGGUGAGAGACCACGGCCAGCCGCCCCUGUCCUCCAGCGCCAGCGUCCUGGUGGUGCUGGUGGACAGCGUGGCUGAGGGCCGUGGAGGUGGGGACCGGGGAGGCGCCGCUAAGGGGAAGGAGGGCACCCUGGACCUGACCCUCAUCCUCAUCAUCGCCCUGGGCUCCGUCUCCUUCAUCUUCCUCCUGGUCAUGAUUGUGCUGGCCGUGCGCUGCCAGAAGGACAAAAAGCUCAACAUUUACACGUGUCUGACCAGCGAGUGCUGCCUGGGCUGCAGCUCCUGCUGCUCUCGGCAGGCCCGGGCCCGCAAGAAAAAGCUCAGCAAGUCGGAUAUCAUGCUGGUGCAAAGCGCUGGCAACGUCAGCGGGGCCGGCACGGCUCAGGUCCCCGUGGAGGAGUCAGGGAGCUUCGGCUCCCACCACCAAAACCAGAACUAUUGCUACCAGGUAUGUCUGACUCCAGAGUCUGCCAAAACCGACCUCAUGUUCCUAAAGCCGUGUAGUCCAUCUAGGAGCACAGACACCGAUCACAACCCGUGCGGGGCCAUAGUGACAGGGUACACAGACCAGCAGCCUGACAUCAUAUCAAAUGGCAGCAUUUUAUCAAACGAGACCAAACACCAGCGAGCUGAACUCAGCUACCUGGUUGACAGGCCGAGACGUGUCAACAGCUCGGCGUUCCAGGAGGCGGAUCUGGUCAGCUCUAAAGACAGCGGCCACGGAGACAGCGAGCAGGGAGACAGCGACCACGACGCCACCAACCGAGGCCACUCCUCUGGGGCCGAUCUGUUCUCUAACUGCACGGAGGAGUGCAAGGCCCUGGGCCAUUCUGAUCGCUGCUGGAUGCCCAGCUUCGUGCCCUCCGACGGGCGCCAGGGCCCAGACUACCGCAGCAACCUCCACGUGCCCGGCAUGGACUCAGUACCGGACACAGAGGUAUUUGAAAGCCCCGAGCAAACGGCUAAUCAGUCAUUCUCCACCUUUGGCAAAGAGACGCCUCUCAGUCCCCAACACCUCCACCACCACCACCACCACCUUCUCAAACAUCAUCACCUCAGCCAUCACCAGGGCUCCCUAGAGAGGAAAGAGUUGGAAGCAUUUCUGCCUAGCUCCAGAGCACCUUAUAAACCAGCCUAUUUAACGAGGAAAGGGCUUUGCUAGCUCCUUUCGCGUGGACAUUCCGGAGACCGCGUGACUUUGCACAAUCCCUCCUCGAUGACCAAGGCUAUAAAAAAAAAAAGCAUCAAGUUUUCAACUUUUAUUUCCCUCCCUGCCCUCGUCCCUCCUCACCCAACAAAAGAAUAAAAAAUGAAAACACACUUGACUACACACAGAAUAAGGAUGACCCCCCCCCCCACUUUUGGGAACUAGGAGUUCCAUCCUUUCUGGAAAUCUUGGAGCACUGCCGGGCUUUGGAGGCACCCCACACUCGGGAGUAGGAGUGGACACGGGGGAGGGGGUUAGGACGGAUGGGUGCAGGCAGGUAGAGGGAUAGCCUUACAAAAAGGACUCCAUUGUCUCAGCAGGACUGAGAAACUAACAGAGGAGGAGGAAGGACACUGAUGACGGAGAGAGAUAAAACUGGACACAGAUCUCUCUGUCCUUUUCCAAUCUGUGUGUGCCUGUUUACAGCACUGAUGUAUACGUCUUUAAGGAAAAUAAAACCAGACGAGGACUAUUAUGUGUAUUGAAAGACGAAAUCGGAAAAACUAGAGCCACCGAGAGAAACCGCCACUGAGCCCUUUAGGCGUUUGUACUCGCUGAGAGGCGCCAAAAUUGUACAGGAGAAUCUUUGUGCAUUUCAAAAUGCAAUACCACUGUUUUAGAUUUUUCUAUUCUGUUCGUGUGGUCAGGUGUCUAUUACGAUCUUGCGAUCUACUUCAAACUUUGUAAGAAAAGAUUGUGGGCAGAAUAUUUUUUUAUUAUUGUUUUUUUCUUUUGUUAUUCUUUUCACUUUCGGCUCUUUUUUCGCUUUGAGUUUGGUUUGUUCACCUUAUCGUGGGCUCGGUUUGGCCCACAUUUUCCUGAUUCUGAGACAUCAAGUAGUUUCUAUCAUGUGUGAGAAGUGUUUACUGUACUCUUUUAAAAAGUUUCAAGCUGAAUAUAAAACUCUAUAUAUAAAUCUAUCUAUCUACUUGUUCUGAAGGAGUGCUUUUUGUUUGCUGGGUUCCACAUUCUGAUUCAGAGGUUUGACUCUCGUUUAAGUGCCCCUGAAAAAGACUUUUUGUUUUUCCCAGCGGGGAGACGUACAGAGAGACAGAACAGCCUUAGCGGAUGUAAAACUCAAGUUCUCAUUAUUUGACAUUAUCUCAUUUUUUAUUUUUUUUUUUCCACUUUUGGAUAUUGAUAGAGAUCAUGUCUAUAAAUAAAAAGGAGGUAACAAUUUAGAUUGAAAUCCAUGGUAAUUCUGUGUCAUUGUAACCAAAACUUUAAGGAUCCAUUCAUGAAGAAACAGAGCAAAAAAAAAAAAAACGUGGCCAAAUGCUAAAGGUGUUGUACACAGUGCAGUGGGAUCCAGUAUACAUGCAUUACUUUCUCACACAAACACACCAAUAUGCCAACAAUAAACUGAAAAAUGGUGAAAACGGA